UUUGGCAAUGGUAGCCCUCCAUUGGUCUGCAGCCCCAGGCACUAUUUCUAAUUCACUUUCCAUGUAAGCAGGGAGCUAACAGAAUCAGCCACAACAUCAGCCAGCAGGACAACCAACAGGUCUAAACUCAGCAAGCUUCAAAUUAUACUUACUGCUGGUAAUCUAAAGAUGGUUGAAUGGAAUCCACAAAUCCAGCUGACAACUCCUUGGACGACUGAAUUAGCUGUCAGCACAGAGUGGUAUCCAUGGGAUUACGAUGCAUCCUCACCAGUUUUGCCUGAGCUAUGCAAAAAGGAAGCCAUCCGUGCCGUUGCACAAAUCUACCUCCCAGUAACGACCAUCCUGUUUUGUGUGCUGGGUGUCUUUGGCAAUGGGAUUCUGCUGCUGGUUCGUAUUCGUUAUCAUACUGCUCAGUCCCUUGGAGACAUCCUCCUCCUGCAUCUGGCCAUCUCUGACUUGCUGCUGCUCCUGACAUUGCCCGUGGCUGUGGCAGGGAUGGUGAGCAGCUGGCACUUAGGUACAGCCUUAUGCCAGGUUCUACAGGGCUUCCAUGCUCUUAACUCCUACAGUGGCUUCCUGUUCCUCAUGGGCCUCACGCUGGAUCGCUAUGUAGCCAUUGUGCGGGCACCCAUCACCCACCGCUUCUUGCGUCCUGCUGCCAGCCACUGGGGGAGGCUAAGUUCAUGGCUGAUAUGGCUGUUCUCUGUUGCCCUGGCACUGCCACACUUCCUGUAUGCUAAUGCCAAGGACUAUGGAGACUUUGAACUCUGCAGGGUGGCGGUCAUCACUACCACUGUUAGGCUGAUCCAGGUAGCCUUGGGCUUUGUGCUUCCAUUUACCGUCAUGGUGGCCUGCUAUGCCACCAUUGCCCGCACUCUUCUCUCCUCCCCUUGUGCCCAGUCACGCAAAGCCUUGUGGUUGAUCUUAGCCUUGGUAUUUCUCUUCCUGGCUCUGCAGCUGCCUUAUGCUCUUCUCACCUUACUGGACACAGCUGAUUUGAUAAGCCAGCGGGCAUCAAGCUGCAAAGACAUCUUCCACCGAGACCUUGCCCUUCUUAUCACCAGUGGCUUUGCCUUUGCCCGCUGCUGCCUAAAUCCCAUGCUUCAUGUCUUCCUGGGUGUGCGUUUCCGUAAGGAUCUGCAAAGAUUAAGCAAAGAUUCUGGAUGUCUGGGACAUUGGAAGUGCUGUGGGGGAAAGCCAAGAAACAGCAGCAGGCAAAUCUCACUCAGUACCCACCCAGAAGGAAUAUCAGGAAUCCUAUGAAAACGUGGGCAUGAUCCCUUCCCUAAGAAGAGUCUUGAGAUGUUGAUAAAGACACUGGUAUACACAGUUAGGAGCAUGCUCUGAAAGGGUUCAUGCCCCCUCC